AUGUGGAGAUUUUCUCCAAGUGUGAAGUUUGUGAAGUAUUUGUACAAAUAUGUUUGGAAAGGGGUGGAUUGUAUCUGCAUGGAGGUUUCGAGCAAAAAAGGUUUCGAAUAUGAGAUCAAGCAGUUUGUAGAUGCCCGUUGGAUCUUCCCGCAAGAAGCACUAUGGAGAAUAUACAAGUAUCAGAUGAAUAAGAUUUCUCCACUUGUAGUCUCAUUACAAAUACACCUCAAGGAUCAGCAAAAGAUUUUACUUCCAGAUGGGCGGACCGUGCGAGAUGUGCUGCAGGGAGAGAAGGCAUCCCGUACAAAGCUUACCGAGUAUUUAAGAAAAAAGCAGAAGAUGAGUUUGCAAGAACCCUUUUAUACAAGGAAUUUCCAGAGCAUUAUGGGUCCAACUUCUUUUGAGUACCUGCUAAAGAUAGCUUCUAUUACCUUUUUGACGUACAUAGAAGUGGCGCAGCAUCUUGGUUUGUUAGAAAUUGAUACUGCCAUGCAUGAUACACUUCUUGAAGCAACACAAGUGCAGAUGCCUUUGUCCUUGAGAAGGCUUUUCUGUACGAUGUUAACCUUAUGGAACCCAACCGGAAUCCGCGAAUUAUGGGAUGAAUUUCUUUCACACCUGAUUGAAGAUCACCUCAGCUCCAACAAGGAACAAGGUGAUAUUAAUCUUAUGUUACGGGAACCUAGUUCUACUCUUGGUCCAGAUUUGAUGAAGAAGUAUCAGUUGCCAACCAUCACCGAAGACGUAGGCACUUCAGGAACAAAUGAUUUGGUCAUGGAAGAAAAAUUGAUUCCUAUUCCUCCAGAAUAUUUGUCGGCUAUCGGCCAGCUAAACAGAGAUCUCAUUCGGAAGACCAGCUUGAUUAUCUGGGACGAAGCAACAAUGGCAAACCGAUAUGCAUUUGAAGCUUUAGAUCGGACAUUAAGAGAUGUAACUAAGGUUGAGCUACCAUUUGGAGGUAAGAUUUUGGUUUUGGGUGGUGAUUUUCGUCAACUGUUGCCUAUAAUUGAACGUGGCACACGAGCACAGGCAGUAAGUACAUGCUUAACCAAUGCAAAAUUCUGGAAGCAUGUCAACGUAAUUCAUCUCAAAGAGAACAUGCAUUCAAGGUUGGAUCCCGGCUUCUCAGAAUUCUUUCUUCGCAUUGGAGAUGGAGUUGAAUCUUAUGUUAUAGAAAAGAUGGCUGUUAGGAGAUUGAUUGAGGAGGUUUUUCCAAGACUUGAAGAGAAUGCAUUUGACAAAGUUUAUGUGAGUCAGAGGGCUUUGAUAACUCCAAAGAAUGACGUUGUCGAAAAUCUCAAUCAGAAAGUUAUUGAAAUCUUCCCGGGAGCCGAGGUAGUGUAUCACUCCUUUGAUACGGUAACAGAUGACCCCAAGAAUUUGUGGACACAAGAUUUUCUCAACACUAUUGCUCCAGGUGGAUUACCUCCUCACAAGCUUAUACUGAAGAUAGGUGAUCCAAUUAUUCUCUUGAGAAACCUUGAUCCAAAGUGUGGCCUUUGUAAUGGCACAAGGUUAUUGUGUCGAAGACUAUUCACAAACUUAAUCGAUGCAGAAAUUGUUACAGGUAGUUGCUCAGGGAUGAGAGUGUUGAUUCUGAGGAUACCCAUGGAGCCUCCAAAAGAGUCGAAAUUGCCUUUUAAGCUUACACGAAAGCAGUUUCCAGUUCAUGCAAGUUUUGCUCUAACGAUAAACAAGUCUCAAGGGAAGACCAUACCACAUGUUGGUUUUUACCUACAAGAACAUGUGUUUAGUCAUGGACAGUUGUAUGUUGCUUUGUCCAGGGGAGUCUCAAGAACCACAACAAAAGUAUUAGUUAAGAAUGGGACUCUUCCAGAUGUUAUAGGAAUGUUUACCAGAAAUGUUGUUUUUAAAGAGGGCCUGAAAUUAUGUGAUAGUGUUUGGUGA